AUGGCGACCACUGCAAUCGCCGACAAGAAAACGCAAACUAAUUUGCCCAACACAGGCGCAAAGAAAUUUCUAAAAGGGAUGCGCAGCGCCAAGGAGCUGAGGAGACAGCAACAAAUGAUGGCAAGCAGUCGCAGUCAGUCGGCCGCCCGCGUUGAACAAGUCGAGGAGCUGCCUUGCACUGCGAGCCAAAUGUACAUUGCGUUCGAAGAGGGUAUGGCGGCGGCAACAGGUGCUGGACUCCUCGAUACCAAAAACGAAGUGCCGCCUCUUGACCCAAUCUCGUACUCGUCCACGACAGCCGAGGGCGCCGAAGCCAUCAGCAAAGCCAUGUCGGCUCUCCACCGUCUUUCCUUCCAGUAUAACCUCGAGCACGAUGACGGUGCCGUUGCAGCUCAAGAACCGACCUUGAAGAGCAAUGCUGGACCUAGAAAUCUCAAGGACCUGGCUCGUCUGCGCAGCGCUGUCAAUGCGCUCGACUCGGCCUGCAUACAUGCAAACCCUGGUGUGAAGGAUGAGCUCAAGCCAAAAAUGGUGAGGCGCAAGCCUGUCAGGUGGGAUGACGCGUUGUCGCAAGCUGCACUAGCUAGCAGCUCACUUGUGAUGCCAAGCUCUCCAGACACGCCAAGCCAAAGCGCAAAGCCCAGCAGUGCCACGUUUGAAGACUUGGCCAAUUCGGAUGCCUUUGAAGCUUUCGAGAGCUUUUCCUCCCUCACCGACUCGUUAUGCUCUUCCACUCAGUCCGUCGACUCGCUGGUCACACCACCCGACUCUGUCGAUCUUGCUCAUCAGGGACUGCGCUCUCCUGCCAAGGCUCGAAGCGGGGCGGGCAUCAGACCGCCACUUCGCGAUUUCCACUCUUUACCGACGCUCACCCAUGCUCACUGUAGAGUUCUGCAGGUGGAUGCACCGCUCGAGCAAGACGGCUCUUCCUUAGACACGGAUGAGGACAGGGUCCGCGCAGAGAUGCUCAACGCCUUAAUGUAUUCCGAGUUGCCAAGAGAUCAUGAGCUGCGCCGAGACAGCAUCAUCAUACCGCCUAUCAAAAGCAUGGUGUUCAAGAAGGGGACCAACGCGAUCAGCAAAGAUGUCGCCCAGGAUGUCAAAGACGACAGGGAUAAGCACACAAAACGACGGUCGACGUACGCUCGACUGACGAGACGCAAGGUGCUCAACAAUGGUGCGCCUUCGCCUCGAAUCCCGUCUCUUCUUCUGUCCCUCUCGGAACGUUCUUCGAUGCUGGCAAAGGUGACGGAGAAGUCCGAAGGCUCGCCGAAAAGUGCGAGCUUGUCUGCAUCGCCAAUGGCUGCUAAGCUGCCCUUGAUGCCCCCAGUACCACCAAUGCCAGCACUGCCAACCUCGCCCAGCUCACCACCUCUCCCCAAGACGCCAAAGACUCCCCGCACACGCAAAUUAGCGGCCGAGUCGGUCACGUGGCGUCCCAGCGACUCCAGUCGAGCAUCGUCGAUCCGAAGGAAGAUGACCCAAGGCAUGUCCGCAAUCCCGCCACUGCCGCAGAAGUCUCUUUCCAGACCCACAACGAUCGACAUGGGUAUUCCUCGUAAAGGGCUCGGCCCUGCAAGCAUCGAUGUAGACACGCUUGAAAGGCUCAUCAAAGAUACGGAAGCGAUCAGAGAAGAGGGAGACAAGGAAUGGAGAACGCAAAACGUCGCUGGUGGUGAGGUCGUUCAGGGCGAAAGACCUGGUCACGUCAGGUCGUCGAGCGAACCUGCUAUACUUCACGAAAUUCGUGCCGCAGAGGAGGUCGAGGCGAGCUCAGUCAACAUCAAGACUCUAUCCGUCCAAUCAGAGGUGCUUGCUGGUUCAAGGACUGCAGCGAAGUCUUCGGCUGGUUCAAUCUCAUCGGUCGGCACCGAAGUGCUCCUCGCCCCUCCUCGCAAUUCGACCGAGGACCAAGCAACGCCUCGAGCCAACAUGACUAGGAGCUUUUCAGAGUCGCAAGUCGAGCAGAUCAUCGAGGCACCUCCUCGUCGUCCAGCAGAUCAAGCUAGAGCUUCAGCGCUUGAGACGCCAAUGGAAGAACUGACCACUCCGACGCCGACCGUGGCCAAGAGUCGCAUGCGCACCUUUCAGCGCUCGAGACGCGCAAGCCCUUAUUCGCACUCGAGACAAGCCAGUACCAGCAGCAACGCGUCCGGCAUCAGCUCGCAUGCAAGCGAGAACGAUGGUGCGGCGUCUAGCGUUGCUUCUUCGGAAUCAGGAUACGACUCGCUCUUCGAGUCUGACACGGAUUACGCAUCGGAUGGCGAGCAGAGCGUUGGCACCUCUGUAGCUGAGGAAAGCAGUGACGAUUCGGUUGCUUCCAAGGGAUUCAAAGCACGAAGCAGCAAGGCGUUGUCGCAGUACAAGCCUGGAUCCAGGCCUCCCAAAAGGACCAUCACGCCUCCCUUGGGUCAACCGGCAUACCAAAUCGUUCAGCAGAUCAGAGCCGAGAUUCAGCCGUCUGCUCCGGCUCCAAGACCUGACGGGCUGACCAAGUUGCGUGCCUUCCACUCCGAAACUCAAGUGCACAGGCUUGGCGACCAAGCUAGGAACGCUGCAGUCGAGCAGCUCCAAGAUGAGGUUGCGCAAGCUAUGAUCGAUGCGUGCCAAACCUUUGCGAAGCAAGACUUGGAUUCUGACGACGAAGGCAGCCUCUCGGAAACGGAAGCUCUUAGACUCGCAAAGGGCAAAGAUGUGAUCCUUUGGCACCUCAAGACGCACACGAGGGGAGAUGACCAUCUCUUCCCUAAUCCGCAUGCCGAGCAAGUCCGCCACGCGUCGCCCGACGAGUUCUUGUUUCCAAAUCCGCAUGCUGAUGCUGCUCAGAUAGCGCCUGCCGAGAAGCUGGACAGUGCUCCUCAAGCAGAGCGAGCAACGUUCGAGAUCGCUCCCGCCACGCCCAAAGUGGUGGUCCAGCAGCAGCAGCAGCAGCAGCAGCAACGCAGACCAAAGAAGAGCCACAUGAGGUCCAGGCACGCUCCGUUGGAUGGGAGCGGUACAGACGGUGAGGUCUCGGAUGCCGCCAGCUUCGUCGGUAGCUCGAGUGGCCGCGAGACGCCCCUGCUCGCUCCGCUCAGGUCCAACUCCAUCAGCUCUGUCUCAAGCUCCAUCCGAUGA